AGUUCCAUCAGCAAAGAAAUUUUGAAGUUUAUCCCAAAGAUAUCUAGCUAGCAAAUCCGAACUACUGUCCCUGACGGGUAGCAGUAUUUGGAUAUUUGUCAGUGUUCUCCGAAAUGGAUCGAAAAAAAAAUCUACCGUCAAGAAGAAAUUGAGCCAAAAUAAGAAAGAGGUGCAGAUGACUGGAGGCGGGAACCCGAGAUUCACGACACUCAACGAGUUAUUAGAACGAAUUGCCGUCAUCACUAACAUUCGAAACAUCACUGCCAGGAUUGAGGGAAGUCUAUGCAUCGGAAUACGCACGGAAAAACGGAACGAAAUAGACCAGCCAGGGCAAUCGCAUCAUAGCCAAGCGACUGACCAACAGGAUUCAUCACACCACAACCAGCCUACUGAACAACCGGGUCCUUCGAACCAUAGCCAGUCCAUAGACCAACCGGAAUCAUCACAGCACAGCCAGCCUACUGAACAACUGGGUCCUUCGAACCAUAGCCAGCCUAUAGACCAACCGGAAUCAUCACAGCACAGCCAGCCUUCUGAACAACUGGGUCCUUCGAACCAUAGUCAGUCCAUAGACCAACCGGAAUCAUCACACCACAGCCAGUAUACUGAACAACCGGAUCUUUCACAUCAUAGCCAAGGAAAUAGGAACCAAUCGGAACCACCUGAACAGAAAAAGACUGCAGCCAAAACAGCAACAUCAAAACUCGCAGAAUUUCAGACAAAGGUGUUGCAACAAACAACGAACAAACAUCUCAGGGAAAUUUCGGAUAGUUUGAAAAUGUUAACAAAGGGAACAUUGGGAUUUUAUGAGGAAAUGCUUAAUUACAUGAAAAAUAACAAAUAA